CCGAUAUUCAUCAAGUGCACAUUGCCGAUCAUAUGAUUUGGAUUAAUUUGUUUAAUCGUUGUUUUUAAUCGAUCGUAUUAGAAGCGUCGUUAGAUAUCAGGUCCGAGAGAAUCGUUUCCGUCCAGUCCUAGUAGAUUCAGCAGUAGCCUGAGGCAUCGCUUGCCAAACAUGAAACUGUCUUUUAUCUUCGAGCUUCUGCUUGUUUUUGUUUUAAUAGCUUUUGCAGCCUCCGCUGUUAUAGAUAAAAGCUAUCAGCACAAGAACAUCAGGAAAGGUGCAAUUGCUAAAAAAACCGGCAAAGUUGGCAAUAAAAGGCAACAGGAAUCGGCGAAUAAAUAUUGCAGUUGCUCCUCGAAACUUUGUAAUUGCUGCAGAGAGUUUAACUUGCCAGUAUUGUCAUUGCAAGGACCGGGAUGUGCGACGUUGCAAUAUCUUAAUGGUGAUCGUCUCGCCAUAUCAAUGAGCUUCGGCGAAAGAGUUUUAACCAAUACCACAGUCAACAGCAAAAGACCCGAACCGAUAUGCAUGCCCUUGCCCGGGGGAGUAUCCAAGUUCUGUGGCCGUGUCUAUAAUAUCGGCCGUAAGGGAGAAAACUUUAAUGCAUGCCUCGGCUUAGAACUUCGGGCGUUGCAAGAAAUUGAGGCCGCAGUCCGCGUGUCCUGCUUCAGAUUCGGACCCGAAGGUUUAAAAUUAGAACCCCCGCAGCCUCUUCCCGCGGUAGAAGAUGAAGACGACGACGACGAUGAUGACGACGACGACGACGAUUUCGAUUUCGGCGAUGACGAUGACGACGACGACGACGACGACGACGAUGACGAAGACGAUUCCGAAAAUGACGUGAUUUCCGAAGAUUAUACCGGGUUUAGCGUAUUAGACGACGAUUUUAUCGGAGGUUAUUUCGACGAAGACGAAUCUACAGGCAGCGUUCAAAAGAAAAGAAGAACGAAAACGACCACUACCCAAAAGACGCCGUAUAGAAAAAUUACCCGCAAACCUGCCGUAACGAAGCCAUCGAAAAAGCAAACGGUUAAACCAAAACCGUCCAAAACUACGACUCACUAUACGAAAGUGCAAAGUAAAGUCCCGGUAAUACUAUCGACGUCAACGCAAAUUCCCAUUGCGGGCGACGCAAUUUUAAACGAACAAAUCAACAAUUUGCAAUCAUUUCAAGAUGAAUCGAGUAACGCUUUGGCCGUCGAUAGAAUGCCAAUCGUCAAGGGAGAAUCAGUCGGGCCCCAGAACGACGUUGUAAAUCUCAUUGAAAUUUCCGCUAAUCAAAGUGCGUCGAAUCUUUCCGGUAUGUCGAUCAACGUCACGGAACAUACAAUGUCACAAAGUGAAACGGAAAUGUCUGUCGAAACGACGACCGCAAAACUCAAACCUUCGCUUAUUAUUAAAAAUGAUGACAGCGAAGAAGAAGACGACCCGCUAGCGGAAGCGGUUGAAGACGUCUUAAACGAAGAUGAAAGCGAGGAAAGUACGGAAAAUAGCGCACAAAAAAUGGAUAAAAUCAAAAUGGAGAGUACGACGCCUAAAGAUGACGACAGCGAUGAAAAGGAAGGCAAAGAUAUAUUUGACGACAUAGCGGAUGGCGUAGAAGAAACGAUAGACGAUGACGAAGACGACGACGAAGAGAGUGAAAAAAGCGAAAAAGUUAAAAAUGAAGCAGACGAAGAUGACGAGGACGACGACGAUGAUGAAAGCGAAGAAGACGACGACGACGAUGACGACGGCAUAUUUAGGAGCUUGAAAAUUAAAGCUCGAUCUGAAGGUAGAAGGAGUCGAGACAUGUGGCUAGAUAGGUUGCACUGGUAGCGUUGAAUAUUUCGUCUGCUUCAAAAAUA